AUGGAUCUCCGCAUGCUGCUCGUGCUGCGCGCGUGCUUGUUGCUGUUCUGUGGACGAGCGCUGCACGCCGACUCCAUCAUUCACAUCGGUGCGGUCUUUGAGGAGAACGCGGCCCGGGACGAGGAAGUGUUCCAGCUGGCCGUGUCGGACCUCAGCCUGAGCGACGACGUCCUGCAGAGUGAGAAGAUCACGCACUCCAUCAAACUCGUCGAACCCAACAACCCUUUCCAGGCUGUACAAGAAGCCUGCGAGCUGAUGAACCAGGGCAUCCUGGCGCUGGUCACGUCGACGGGCUGCGCCUCGGCGGGCGCGCUGCGGUCGCUGACGGACGCCAUGCACAUCCCGCACCUCUACGUCCAGAGGAACGGCGGCGGCGCGCCCAGGACCGCCUGCCGGCUCGACCCGAGACCCGGAGGGCGUGGCUACACGCUGGCGGCCAGGCCGCCCGUCCGCCUCGACGACGUCAUGUCGACGCUGGUGGAGGAGUUGCGCUGGCAGAAGUUCAUCGUCUUCUACGACGUCGAGUACGACAUGCGAGGCCUUCAGGGCUUCCUGGACCGGGCGUGUCGAGAUGGCCUGGACGUUUCUCUGCAGCGGGUGGACAAGAACAUCAGUCAGGUGUUCAGCGACCUGUUCACGUCCAUGCGGACGGAGGAGCUGAACCGCUACCGCGACACGCUGCGCCGCGCCAUCCUGCUGCUCAGCCCGCGCGCCGCGCACACAUUCAUACAGCAGGCAGUGGAAACCAACCUGGCCUCUAAGGACAGUCACUGGGUGUUUGUUAACGAGGAAAUCAGCGACGCAGAGAUCCUGGAGCUUACCCACAGCGCACUGGGGCGCAUGACGGUCGUCCGGCAGAUUUUCCCGCUGUGGAAGGACGGCGGCGCUCGAUGUAUGAGGAACAACCAUCGCAUCUCGUCGCUGCUGUGCGACCCUCAGGAAGGAUACCUGCGCAACCUGGAGGUAUCCAACCUGUACCUGUACGACAGCGUGCUGAUGUUAGCCAACGCCUUCUACAGGAAGCUGGAGGACAGGAAGUGGCACAGCAUGGCCAGUCUCAACUGCAUCAGAAAGUCUACCAAACCCUGGAAUGGAGGCUGGUCCAUGCUGGAGACCAUUCAGAAGGGCAACAUCACGGGGCUGACGGGCACCAUGGACUUCAAGGACGGCGGCGCCAACGCUCACGUCCACUUCGAGAUCCUCGGCUCCGGUUUCAGCGAGACCUUCGGGAAGGACGUCAAGAGGUUGGCCACGUGGGACGCGGCGCACGGCCUGAACGGCAGCCUGAAGGAGAGUCGCAUCGAGAGCGGCAUGCAGGGAGUCACCGUCAGAGUGGUCACCUUGCUGGAGGACCCGUUCGUGAUGGUGGCCGAGAACAUCCUGGGCCAGCCCAAACGCUACAAAGGCUUCUCCAUCGACGUGCUGGACGCGCUGGCCAGGACCCUGGGCUUCAAGUACGAGAUCUACCAGGUGUCCGACAGCAAAUACGGAUCUCGGCUUCCGAACGGCUCUUGGAACGGGAUGAUCGGCGACCUCAUCAACAAGAGAGCCGACCUGGCCGUGGCGGCCAUCACCGUCACGCCGGAGCGCGAGAACGUGGUGGACUUCAGCAAGCGCUACCUGGACUACAGCGUGGGCAUCCUGCUGAGGAAGCCCGAGGAGAAGGUCAACAUCUUCUCGCUCUUCGUGCCUUUCGACUUGGCCGUGUGGGCGUGCAUCGCCGCCGCCGUCCCGGUGGUGGGCGUCCUCAUCUUCCUGCUCAACAGGCUGCAGGCGCUGCGCUCGUCCGCCGCGCACAACGCGCCGCCCGGCCAGCCCGACAACGGAUCCGGAUCCCUGCACGGCGCCAUCUGGAUCGUCUACGGAGCCUUCGUGCAGCAAGGCGGUGACGGCGUGGCGGGCUCGAUGGCCCUGCGGAUCGUCAUGGGCAGCUGGUGGCUCUUCACGCUCAUCGUGUGCUCGUCAUACACGGCCAACCUGGCGGCGUACCUCACCGUGUCCCGGAUGGACCACGCCAUACGGUCGUUCCAGGACCUGUCGCGGCAGACGGACGUGGACUACGGCACGGUGAGGGACUCGGCCGUGUACGACUACUUCCGGAACAAAGGCACCAACCCUCUGGAGCAGGACGGCGCGUACGCCGAGCUGUGGCGGACCGUCAGCAAGAACGGCGGCCUGGACUACUGCGUGUCCAGCCCCUCGGAGGGCAUUCGCAAGGCCAAGAAGAGCUCGUACGCCUUCCUGUGGGACACGGCGGCGCUGGAGUACGCGGCGCUGACGGACGACGACUGCACCGUCACCGUGGCGGGCGGCGGCGGCGGCGGCGGCACCAAAGGCUACGGCGUCGCCGUGCAGCACGGCAGCCCCUACAGGGACCUCUUCUCGCAAAAGAUCCUGGAGCUGCGGGAGAAGGGCGACCUGGACAUCCUGAAGCAGAAGUGGUGGCCCCGCACGGGCCGCUGCGACCCGGGCGGCGGCGCCGGCGCCCGCCCGGACGGCCGCUCGCUCAAGCUGCACAGCUUCGCCGGCGUCUUCUGCAUCCUGGCCGCCGGGCUCCUGCUGGCCUGCCUGGUGGCCGGCCUGGAGGCCCGGUGGAGCGACGACGGCUGCCGCCGGGAGACGCCCAAAGAGGACAAGGAGGUGAACCUGGAGCAGGUGCAUCGGCGUAUGAACAGUCUUUUGGACGAGGACUUGGUCCACAAGCAGAUCCCCGGCCCCUCUAUCGAGAUCUCCGCGCUGGACGUCGGGAGCGUGCGGCCCACCCGGGCGGGCGUGAUGCCCCCGGGCCUCGCCGUGACCACCUUCCUGUCCAGGGAGGGGGCGCCGCCGCCGCCGCCCCUGAGCCACCCUCACCUUGGGGCGACCCUUGGCAGGACGCUGCCGCCGCCCCAGCUCCCUGGCGACACCACGCUGCCGGCCCACCUCGCGGGCACCGUGCAGUGCAAGCACAGGGCGCCCAACGGGGGGCUCUUCCGGCAGAGCCCUGGCAAGGUGCCGCUCUACCAGGCGGGACCCGUGACCGCAGCCAUUGACGCCACCCACAGCACCUCCAUUUAGGCCUGCCGGCCUUUGCCAGUCACCGUGAAGCAAGGGAGAUUUUUCUUUUUUUAGGCGCCGCUCUCGACUUUUCCGGUGUAAAUAACAAAAAGAACCACGGAGCAUAAAAUGUAUUUUGGAUAUUCUCCAUUUUUGAAGUUGCGUUCGAAAAAACACAACAAAACCAGAUAAAAAUUGAUUUUAUAUAUAUAUAUAUAUAUAUAUAUAUAUAUAUAUAUAUAUAUAUAUAUAUAUCAAAUGUAAAGUAUAUACAGUAGCUACAUGAUAUGACAUGACAUUUUGACUGUUUUGUAAAUCUAGUUGGAAAUGAGACGAGGCAAAAUUCAUUGACUGUUUUGCCCAAGUGCCCCAAAAAAGCAAUGUCGCCAUCUGCUGCCCCACAUUCAUUUUUAACCUCACCGUCGUCAUGACAACCGUCACAUAUAAUCACCAUCGUUAUCUUUCAUCAAAGUUCUUUCAUUUCCUCCCCUAAGACAAAAUUCUAAAUUCAUUAGAUGCUAAAAUGUUUGAUUGGGCAGCGUUAUUGGAUCCCAGGUUGUGAUGCUCAGCACUGGUUGCCAUGACAACGCAGCCCCAAAACACACACACGCAAUCCCCCCCCCCGCCCCCGCCCCCUCCGUCUUUGGCUGCUUUGACUUCUCUUGUUGACCAUUAAUGUGUCCUACGUGUGGGUUUGCCGAACAAGGAUGACUCCUUCGGCACACGGCGCCCCCUGUGGCCCUGGAGGAAUGAAGCGCUUUAUUCACUUUUCAACAGACCACGUUUUUUGAAGCACAAUAUUCUAUUAACGUCAUGUUGCGUUGACUUGAUUUGAACAACUUUGAUGCCGUUUAGUCCUCCCAUGAAAUUCCCAACAUUUCUUUAGCAUUACACUUCAAAUAUAUUCGCGAUCCAACCUUAAAAUACGCUGAAAUAGUUUGUGAAAAUGUCCAUGAUUCUUGAUCCUUGGGCUAUUUCCACGAAAGCGUGCCACAGACACCUGGGAACUGUUUGAAAUUAAAGUCGUAAAGGUGACAUUUAGCAAGGCUCGUUUGGUCCAUUAAGCCUCGUGAAUCAAGUGCAAGAAACACUCAGCGAGCUUUUUGGUCCCGCUCAAUAAAGCUGUCCCGACCUCCUCGCCGCAAUUUCCGCGCCUCGCUACUCGGCGUCCCCCCGGCCCUGGAAGUCCGUCAUUCCGGUCCCCAGAAGAACAUUAGUUCAGGCUGCCGGGUGCUUUUCUUCACUGCCGCAAGCUGGAGAAGAUUUGCUCAGCUCACUAAAUGUCUGUUUAGCUUCUCCGUUGUCAAGUCAAGUCGAACGCAGGCAACUGGACGCGUCGUGCUUUUUGAAGAUGGCCUUCAUUCAUAACAAAUUCAACAUUUUAGGUUUCCGUGUUUAUGUCUCUGUUAAGCGUGCCGCCCGGCGUCAGAGUCUUUGUUUGGAGCGACGAGGCGCACCUGGGGGAUACGGUCAAUCGGUCCCGGUCUCGUGCGCCGCGCCCGCACCGGGAAGCCGCCGGCUUGUUCCUUUGCCUCAGGCCAUUACUGUUUUUGCAUCUUGUCUCGCUCCUGGUUUUUAUUUUCAAUCUGCCCCUUUCUAAGGUUUUUUUAUUUAUUUAUUUUUAUUUUUUUCGAGCAAAGUUAGUUUUUUUGCUCCACUCCUUUCUCAUUGUUAGGCCUGCUACAUUUUCAAAACUUAAAAGAAUGUUUAUAUCUGACAGAACACACACACGAAGAUAAAAAAAAAUCAUUUUUGGCCGUACAUUGCGGUGCGCUGCGAUAAUCUCAACACACACGCAAAAAGAUUGUGUUCCGCCACCGAUCUCGCAUCCAGUCCUGCGAGGCAGAAAGGUCACAUGAUCUAACGGGAGCUAACAAAAACGAGGAGCGACAAACACUCCCGGCCGGCUAUGUUGCGCCGAUGUUUCCCAAGUAGUUGACGAAGGGACCGGAGGCGGGACGUUUGUAGAAUGGUGAUGUCGUCCAAAAAAAGGCUUCUUAUCACCUGGGGCAGAUCUCCAUCCAUCCAUUUUCUUUCCCGCUUCUCCUCAUUAGGGUCGCUGUCUUCGGGCGGGAGGCGGGUUACGCCCUGAACCGGUCGCCCGCCAAUCGCAGGGCACACAGAAACAAACGACCAUCCGCGCUCACGUUCGCACCUACGGGCAAUUUGGAGUCUUCAAUCAACGUAGCACGCGUGUUUUGGGGAUGUGGGAGGGAAGCGGAGUACCCGGAGAAAAGCCGCGCAGGCACGGGGAGGACAUGCGAACUCCACACAGGCGGGGCCGCGAUUUGAACCCCGGUCGCUAAAUAUGACAUAGGGUAGGACGUGUUUGUUUUAGGUGCGCCCACUUCCUCGUUCCUCGGUCAGGUCACUUCAUAAUUGGCUGCAUUUCGUUUUAUGUCACAAUUCACCGAGUCGUGACUCGUGAAGCUGUUCGGUUGUAAAUAUUGCGUCACGUGUGGGGAGGAGCUGGACCCAAGAGCGGGCGGAGGCAGAUGUAAAACGAUGAACGGUUGAUUGAGGAAAGGUUACGGAGGUGGUCCUGGAUGCGUUGGCAGGCGGCGGCAGGAACGCAGGGGAGCGCCGGGAACGAGGAGACGCGAGAGUUAACGAGGGCGCCGUUUGACGACCUUGGUCGGGAAGGGACAAAAUCGGCACGAAAACAGCCCGAUUGUCUUUGUGUGUCGCGUUUUCUGUCAUCUUUUGUGAGUUGGUCGGUAGGCAUGGGCCAUUGUCGCAUUCUGAUGCUGUCGCAGUAUUGCAAUUACAGUU